AUGGAGAAACUUGCCAAAAAGGACGACGCUGACGACGAAGCAGCUAGUCAAGCACAAGCACAAGCUGAAGUGCUGGCUGAAGAAGAGGGGAAGUUGUUCCGGAAUAAGCGAACGGGGGCCAAAACUGUGGACUACCGAGAAGACUGCGCGUUGUUUUGGCUGGAGAUCAGCGACCUGCUUAAAAUCCCGAGCUCGACCGCUGCUGGAGGAGUUUCUUCCUUCCAGAUGGGACUUAUGGAUGAUCUGUACGACGUGUACGCCGCCAAGGGGGCUAUGCGCUUGCUGCCUAUGGUUUCUCCGUCAGAGCGGGAAGCAUUGGCUCAGUAUCUUGCAGAUCGGAACGCAGAGCGAGCUCUGUUGAUGUUCAAAAUGCUGCUUCUGGACGUUCUGGACGUGGUCACGGCGAACUUCGACGAAUACGUACGAGAACCUGGGCCGUUGGGUUACUCGCAUGCGACGAAGAGCGAGUCCAUGCGCAACGUUUUAGCUCAGCUUGCCAAACGAGUCGCAGGUGGUGGCGUCACGAAUGGAGAUCGACGAGCUCAUUUGCACCACAUUCUAUCAACUCCUGCACUGUGUCGGAUGUUCCGCGAGUUCCUUGAAGCUCGCAACUCGGUCGAAAACUUACUCUUUAUCAUCGACGCCUUGGGGUUUGAAGACCUGGUGAAUACACUGAAGCAUGCAGCGACAAAUCCGCUCUUAGUCGUACCCGAGAACCGCGACGUAUCAACUGCCACUUCAGGGACAUCAACGGCAGUGCAGAGCGACGACGAAGCUCCUUCAAUGGAGUCACACCAGGACUACUGUGUUCGUCAGGCUCACAAGAUUUUCAACAAAUACGUUCGCUAUGGGUCUAAAGCAGAGGUUUGCUUAGGCACUGCCGUCAAAGACCGCUUGUUGGAGCGCCUGAUCGAGUAUCCCCUUGGCUCGGACGUUUUCAGCGAUGCUGUGCUGCUGUGCAGUGCUGAGCUGGUACAAUCUCAUCUUGAUCCUUUCUAUCGGACGGUGGCGUAUUUAUCGUACCAAGCUGAGGUGCAGAAGCAAAAGAAGCAACAGAAGCAGGGUACGACCAAGCAGAACCGCGUCAUGGAAGCUAGUAAGGCGCUCCCAGAGUCUCAAGACCCUACCACUGAUGGGAAUACGCCAUCUCUACCCACCGCAGUGGCUGCUGCAAUUCUGGAGGGCGCCGGUGUGCACGCCUUCCGAGACUUUCUGCGCGAUCAAGGCGCCGAGAACACGCUCUUUUUCUACAAGGAGGUGUGUGAGUUCCAGCGUCUCCCUCACAGUCAGAGGCAGUAUAUCCAGAUGCGAGCGCGGCGGAUAUUCGACAAGUACGUGCGUCGCGGGGCGCGGCUGGAGCUGGAGCUCCCCGUGGAGACUCGACGAGACAUUCUCUGGAAGUUGGCGGCUCCGACCGAAGCAACGUUCUCGGACGCGCAGCGUUUGGUGCUUCGUCAGUGGGAGACGCGAGAUUUACCAAAGUUCCGCAACAGCCACUUGUACCAGGAGAUGCUCGACCAGAUCGCUGCCUCACCAUCAGCGCCACCUCCAGCGAUCUCGCACGAUGGCGAAGAGCAGACGACCGCCACCGCUAGUGGCGCCGGGUUUAUUGAUGUAUCUAAGCUCUCGUUGCGCGAGUUCCUGGAGCUCGAGCUACUGCGCAAGUACUUCCGACGGUUCCUCGAGCGCGAGCAGUGCGCCAACGAGCUGUACUUUUACUUCGAGAUCGCCACGUUCCAGCAAUUCCCGACGUCCGAUUACCUCGCGCGCCAAGCUCGGAAACUCUUCAAUCGGUUCUGCGAUCCGCAGUCUCGAGAGUUUGUGCCAUUCGCGUCCACUGCGAUCCACAAAGACUUGCAGAGCAGCUUAGCCAGCCCCAGUCCGGCCAUCAAUUACGAGCAGCACGACUAG